CCUUCCGCUCAACAAGAUGGUAGACAAGCAUGGACAGUUGUAUGUGGUGCUUUUUGCGCUACACUUUGUACUUUUGGAUCUACCACGGGGUUUGGGGUCUUUCAAGCGUAUUACGAAUCGGAUUUAUUAAAAACACAUUCAGCUUCACAGAUUGGUUGGAUCGCCGGUAUACAAUAUUGUCUAUUAUUUCUACUUGGUUUACCCACAGGAUUACUACAUGAUAGAGGUUAUACGAGAUACAUGAUCGUGAUUGGUUCAGUCAUAGCUGUCAUCGCACAACUUUGUGUUGGUUGGUGUACACAAUAUUGGCAAUUUAUAUUGGUACAAGGAAUCAUCUUUGCGACUGGUACAGGUUUGGUUUUCAAUCCUGUAUGUGCUUCUGUACCUGCUUGGUUUGACAAUCGUCGAAAUAUGGCACUUGGAGUCAUGGCGAUGGGUUCGGGAUUAGGUGGAUCUGUUUAUUCAAUCAUGGCAGCUUCACUUUUAGAUAAAGUCGGUUUCCCAUGGACAUGUAGAGCAUUAGCAUUACUCAUGCUUUGUCUUUUGUCAGUUUGUUGUCUUCUCGUUCGGCCAUUUCCUCGUCGACCUCCACCUCCAACACCUUCCACAAUCGAGAUACUUGUUAAACAGCAAUCUUGGAUUCAAAGGAAUUUACCUUACAUAUUACUCAAUAUUGGAACUUUCUUAGCUUCCGCGGGGGUUUAUUUACCUGUCAAUUAUGCCAAUGCCUAUGUGGAUAGAUUAGGUUUGACGGAUCCUUCUUUAAGACAGUACCUCGUAGCAAUCAUCAAUGGUACCUCCCUAAUCGGUCGACUCUCAGCGGGACAUAUAGCCGAUUUAAUAGGUCCAAUCAUCGUCAUGGCAGCCGGGGUAGCAGCAUGUGGUAUCAUGUGUUUCUUCUGGACCAAAUGUUUGACCCCGGCAGCUAUCAUUGUGUUUGCUGUCGUUUACGGUAUCGUUCAAGGUGCCUACGUUGCCUUACUUCCAGCUGGAGCGGCUCAUAUCCGAUCUCGAAAAUUGGGUCGAUCAAUAGGAAUCACAUUCAGUAUAUGUAGCAUCUCAAUCCUCGUCUCACCUUCCAUUUUCGGCGCUAUCAUAUCC